ACCUCACAGACAAAAGAUGAAAGUAGUCUCAUCCACAAAGGAAGUCCCAAAGCUUUAACGGAAGAACCAAGACCAUCUCACCAUACUGAAAGAUUAAGUCCAGCUAGAAGCGCAUUAAGUAAUAAUAGUAUAAAGAUACAAGAUUCUCCAAUGACUACUGUGGAAAGGGCUCCACUUGUAAAUGCUGAUGAGCAUAUCAAUGCUAGCCCGCACCAUAGGAAAGUAAGGGAUGAUAGUACAGUACCCUGGGCAGACAUGGUGCACCAAGCAAUACAGAGCGCUCCAACUGGUGCAGCAAAUCUAGCAGACAUUUGCCAGUACAUAUCUGAGAACUUUCCACAUCACGGCAGUCUUGAGACUGUAGCACAGUCAGUGUGCAGGGUUCUCUCCACUCACAAGUGUUUCCAGGUCGUCAGUAGUCCUCGAGAAAUAAGAUGGACCCUGAAUGCCGCUUGUGAUCACAAGUUGUCAUUACCUGGGCCUUCACUAGCUGCAAAGGACAGAGAAUCCAACCUGGAGGACUCAGAUGUUACAAGCUCAACACCUGAUGGAGUGGAUUCGGCAAGUAAAAUGCCAGUGUCAAAUCCAAACGGAGAUGACAGACAGUCUUUAAUGGCAGAAGAGGAAGAGCAAAUUGCAUCACCAGCUUCUGAAACCACAUGCACAACAAUGGAGGCAGACACGGCUGUCCACAAGAAUGAUACACCAGAGAGUCGUGCGGAUGAUUGCAGUGAUAACACCGUCAGCAGUUCCCAAGAUGAGGCGUCGGCUGUUCACCAUGUUGUCAGCUCCGGCAGCGGUACUAGCAGCUGUCACACCUUGAGCAUGAUCCCUGAAGAAGUGAGACAGCAGAAUGAAGGAAGUGAUGCGAUGUUUCCAUCAACACCUUACUUUGGGGACUGCACUACUUACAAAAACUCACAGGUGUGUAAAGGGGCUAUCCAAAGCAGCUCUCAAAACCAAGUGGAAGAAACGUGCAAACCAGCCUUUGGCGAGCAGGCCCACAAGAAGUCAAAAAGGAAACGUUCACACAGUGGGAACUCUGGGACAGAGAGGGGAUCUCAUUCCCAGAGCUCUGAUGAGUCCAUCAUCCCCCCCUCCCCCCAGGAGGAGACAAGGUCAGACUUGGUGACCUUCGCCAGAACUCGGAGAGCACUAGCUAUUCCUCACACCUGCGGAAAAGAAGUGGACUCUAUGUUGGAUGGAGGGGAAGAUGCGAUUGUGAGUGACUCGGACAGCGAUAGUGAGAGCACAGUUCUCUACUACGAGAAAAACGACGAGGAUUCAGACACGGAGUCUUAUGUCAUCCCAAACUCCCACGACAAGGACGAUUCCUUCAACAGUCUCACUGGGCCUAAGGCUCCAGUAAUCGGAGCUUCCAUGAGGUCUGCCCUGUGGACAAAGGACCACACGCUGGUGCCCUCCCUGUCCCAGCACCUCAGCUCCUGCCCUGUCAGGCCUUGUGUGGUACUUCUCCACAGACUCACGGCAGAUGACCUGAAACCUUAUCAGCCCCAAAAGCCUUGAAUGGUAUCACCCGUGCUGAGUCUUUGGGCAUUCUGGAAAGAAGAGUUCACUCAUAAUACUAAUAGUUGUUAAUUGUUCAUAGGGAGGAAACUUGUAGCUUUGUUGCAUGUCAUGUAGAACAUGUUAUAUCUCAACAAGAAAAGAAGACAAUCUUUAGAAUGUAAGUUCAGAAUCUGAGAUGAUCCUUGGAAGCUAUAUAUAUAAUGUUUGGAAAUACACACUCUUGAAAUUUAUAUUUACUCAUCUGACUGGACUAAACGUGGAGGUUACACAUGUCUAUAACGGCGUUAUAUCAUAUAUUUCUAAAACUAUGAAUUAGCUACUGUAACUGAAAUUAUUGAACUACCUCUGUUGUUCUGUGUUAUGCAUAAAUGCUGUUUCGAUUAUGCAUAUCAAGCAUGAGUAGGACUAGACUCUGUUGCAGUUUUAGGAACGGGCUGGGUUUCGAUG